GACAGUCAGCCUGAAGCCCGAAUAGUCGAUAACUGGACUCUGAGUCUCUGGAAGCUCUGAAGGACAAACUUUGAUGCGCCGAGCAGCAAGUUGCAGCAGGACUUUGAGCUCCGGAGAUGCUCUCUGAAGGAGCCGGGAAAGAAAAUACUUUACUACUGUGAGGAAGCUCGUAUUUUACAGUGUUACUUCAGAGAACUGCAAUGGUGGAUAUACCGGCUAUAUCUUUAGCUGCGGAUCGCAGGGCAGUGUGUGCCGGAUGCCACCGGCUGAUCCGAGACAGAUUCCUGCUCAGAGUCACUGACGGCCUCUGGCAUGAGGAGUGUGUGAGGUGCGCGGCGUGCGGGGACGCGCUCAGGAACUCCUGCUUUCUGCGGGACCGCAAACUUUACUGCAAGCGGGACUAUGCAGCCCUGUUCGCGGUGCGGUGUGGAGGCUGUUCGGAGGCCGUCUCGCCUGCAGAGCUGGUGAUGCGUGCAGGAGCCGCUGUGUUCCACCUGCGCUGCUUCACCUGCAGCGUUUGUUCCUGCCGCCUGCAGACCGGAGAGCGCUGCGUCCUCAGGGAGGGUCAGCUACUGUGUGCUAGAGACGACUACCACCAGAGUCUGGCCAGUCCCACCUCCUCUGACACAGGUAAAAGUGAAGAUGAUGAGGAAGAAGAGGAAGAAUCUGGGAGGGUUUCAGGCCGACAAGUUCGAUCAGAAGAUGUGGAUAGCAAACGUCCCAAAAGGCCUCGAACUAUUCUGACAACUCAACAGAGACGGACCUUUAAAGCCUCGUUUGAGGUCUCAUCCAAGCCUUGCCGAAAGGUGAGAGAGACCUUGGCAGCAGAGACUGGUCUGAGCGUCCGGGUUGUGCAGGUCUGGUUCCAGAACCAAAGAGCCAAAAUGAAGAAACUGGCCCGGAGGCAGCAGCAGCAGGAGCAGCAGCAGACUCAGGAGCAGCGUGAACAUCCAUCACAUCACACAGCACCCUCCUGUGGCAGUUUGACCUCCGAGAUGAAGCGAAUGGGCUCCUCUUAUGCUCAUAUUCAGCAGCAGCAGCAGCAGCAGCAGCAGCAGCAGCAGCAGCAGCAGCAGCAGCAGCAGCAGCAGCAGCAGCAGCAGCAGCAGCAGCAGAUGGGAAUCACCACACUGGAGCAGCAGGACUGGGACAAUGACCCCUUCAGACAGGGCCUGACCCCUCCUCAGAUGCCGGGAGAUCACAUGCACCCGUAUGGUUUCAAGGGCCUGUAUGGUGACAUGGACAGGGACCCUCUGUGUCACAUGGCUGACAGCGACUGCCUCUCUCUGGGCGACUCGUCUCCGCUCACCCCCAUCGACCGCCUCUACUCCAUGCAGGACUCUUACUUCACCUCCUGAAGGGGGAGAUCGGACUGAAAUCUCCCUCUGCAACGUGUCACAUCAUGUAUCUCCUGGAGGUGGUUAAGUAAGCGGAUGGCUGCACUGUGAUACCAGGCAAUAUACCACAUUCACCUCUAUACAAGCGUGACUCCACUACUGCCUGUCAUGCUUUACAAAGCCUCUGUACAGCAUCUAAAGUGUCCUGUGUAUGUCUGCAUGACACAGUCAGACCUCCCUCACUGAAUGUUACAUUAUGAGACUGCAUCUACUCGUGUAAAUAGCCGUUUGGGUGUGUGUGUUUGUAUUUAUUCUCACUGUGUGUGUGUGUGUGUAUGUGUGUGUGUGUGUGUCGUUACACACUUGAAUGAAUCGUCAAUAAUGCAAAUAUAAUAAAUAUGAAACAGUGAUGUG